AUGCCGAGUCGGUCGCUUUGUGUCUGGCAGGCGCGGCGCCUCAGUCUAGUAGCCUUGGGGAUUGGGGAGCGUCCGAGCUUUGUCUAUAAACCACCCGCCAGCGCAGCCAUGGAAUCAUCUCCUCCGCUGCUUCGGUGCCAUAUCCUCGCACUGUUUGAGAGCCUGGCGGAGGGUGACAGCAGCACACGCGGGGCGGUGGGCGCGAGGGUGCACGUGGCAACGCAGAUCACGGUGCCGGGCUUGACCCUCCCCGUCACCUUCCACGCCCUCCACUGCUUCAGCCUUCCCCGGGCGGCGCGCAAGGCGGCGAGUGACGUGCAGGUGUGGUGGCACGGGCUCACAGGCAGCAGCAAGGGCGGCGGCGGAUCGCGUCAGAAGGACCGGCCGGCGGGUGUGGCGUGCAAGCAGCUGCAAUUCUUUGCCGACCCGGCCUGCAAGGGCAGGGCGCUGGAUGAGGUGCUGCAGCCGCAGUUUGCCGCUCUGCGCCGAUUCUUCCACGUGCCCAGCUCAAAGAGGAUUCCCCGAUGGGCUUCUGUCUCCUGCAAGAGUGAAAUCACCUGCCAGCAGGCCACGUGUCCCAUCAACUCCACGUGCAUGCCAACGAGUGACGGCAAGGGCGUCACGUGCCAAUGCAACCAGGGCUUUUCUGCUGUCAAUGACACUUGCGUAGACUUAUGUGAUACAGUGAAAUGUGGCCCUGGCGGCAAAUGCUCGGUGGAUGCAGACGGAAAACCAUUUUGUAGUUGCAACACGGGCUUUAAGUCGUCUUUUGACGGGCUCUCUUGCAUUGACUUAUGUGAUGCAGUGAAAUGUGGCCCUGGCGGCAACUGCAUGAAGGAUGCAAACGGAAAGCCACUUUGUAGUUGCAACACGGGCUUUAAGGCGUCUUCAGAUGGGCUCUCUUGCAUUGACAACUGUGAUGCGGUGAAUUGCGGGGCCAAUGGCAAGUGCGUGAGGAAGGAAAACGGUGAUCCCACCUGCGAGUGCGACGCAGACUACGAGAUGCCUCCCAAUGAACUGCGCUGCAUCGACUCAGCUUGUGCCGUGUUGGGUUGCGAACCGGAUGGGGUUUGUGUGACCAGCGCCGAUGGAGUCCGCUCUUGCGAAUGGAACUCACCCUGUGGCACAUGCCCUUCUGAAGCCACCUGCAAGACCGUCCCUGCUCAAACUACAAGUGCCGUGAAGCCCAUGGUGCCAUACUGCGAGUGCCCUUCGGGGUAUGGGAUGACCGCCACUGGAUGCAAGAAGGGUUUGCCGGACCAAGUGGCUGCGAGCAGUUUGACGCUUUUCCGGGACCGUAAUGCCAGGGGCAAUGCAUCUAAGCCGUACACCUUCCGCUUACAGUUUGGCUGCAAUCAAAUCCCAAAGGAGGUUGCUGGGUUCGGCACAUUUGCGUACUCAGUGGAUAACAUCGGGGGUGUUCAGGGUUGCUUCUACGUGAUUAUAUACAGAGGAGAUAACUGCGACCCCUCCAGCCUGAUUUCAUCGCGCUCGAUGGGUGAUCGAAUGGUUGCGCAGGCAAGAUCGCAGGGCUUGCCCGAUGGGAGCCGAUCUAUCAGUUGCCAAGUUUGA